GCAACAGCGGCGGCGACGGCUUCUGGAGUCCCCGCCCCAGUGCGAGUGUCUGGGCGGCUGGCAGCCGGCGGGCAGCGCUGUAGUAGCGAGCGGCGCGGUGCGGGCAGCAGGAACAGCGCACUGUAGUGGGGGUCGGAGGCUGCCGUGCUCGGGCGAUGCGUCUCGCCACGUCCCUGUGAGUGCCUGCAGCUUAGGGGGAUUAGGAGAGACUGGCCGAAGGCGAAGCUGCUUCCCCCCCUUCCCCCUCGGUCGUUUGGAAGAGGAGGUGGCAUUCCGUGCCAAAGCCUGCGGCAGCUGCAGAACGCCCAGCCUCUCCGGUGGCUAGAAGAGCAGCAGUGGGAAGAGGAGGGGGAGGCGGAGGCAGGGGACGAGGCGCGGGGCGCUCACUGCCCCUGGACUGGGCCAUGUCGUCUGCCGCGGUGGCCGUGGCUGCUGCCUCCCGCAGGCAGUCGUGCUACUUAUGCGACUUGCCCCGCAUGCCGUGGGCCAUGAUCUGGGAUUUCACGGAGCCGGUCUGCAGGGGCUGCGUCAACUACGAAGGGGCCGACCGGGUGGAGUUCGUCAUCGACACGGCUCGACAGCUGAAGAGAGCGCACAGCUUCCAGGAGGGCCGGGCCCCGCCACCUCCGCCGCCCCAUGCCAAGCAGCAGCCCCCGCCGCUCAGCGCCAAGGAGAUGCACUCGGCGGCGGCGGCAGCUGCUGCAGCCGAGGCGGCGUCCCGCGCCCCACAGCAGCCUCACGAGCGGUACUCACUGGCCGCCGCCGCCCCCUCUGAGCGGCCGCCGCCGCGCCUGGGAGCCGAGUACGGAGGAGGCAGCAGGCAGGUCAAUGGCAUCCUGGUGCCCAACGGCUUUUCCAAGCCCGAGGAGCCUCCUGAGCUCAACCGGCAGAGCCCCAACCCGCGGCGGACGCACACCGUGCCCCCCACCCUGGUGCCUCUCAUGAACGGAGCCUCCUUGCCCGCCGCCAUCAGCAUCAACAGCCGGGCGGCAGCGGCGGCGGCAGCCUCCUUGGCGGCCAUCUCCGGAGCCCCGACCCCGCUGCAGGUGUCAGUCUCGCAGGCGCAACAGAGCCAGCAGCAGCAGCCUGGGGAGGUGGGGGGACACAAGCGGCCCGGCUCGGUCUCUUCGUCGUCCUCUAGCAGCGGCGGCGGCGGCGCGAGCGACCUCGAGGGCAAGGACAAGGGACAGCAGCAGGCGCGGGGCUCGGCCGACAACCUGGACCAGCUGGGCGUGGAGAACAAGGGCCGAGGGGGAGCCGUGGCCGCCGGCUUGGACCAGGACUGGGUGAGCAAGCCCAAGACGGUCCGCGACACUCUGCUGGCCAUGCAGCACGGCAGCCACGCGGGGCCCUACGACAGCAAAUUCAAGAAGGAGCCCGGCAUGGCGGGCGGGAGGCUGCUGGGCUACGAGAGCAACGGGGCCAUGGCGAAAUCAGGGGCACGGGCAGCAAGGAAGAGAAAGCCUUCUCCAGAGCCAGAAGGGGACGCUGGACCUCCUAAAAUCAAUGGAGAGGCACAACCUUGGUUACCAACCUCAUCAGAAGGAAUGAAAAUAACAAUGGCAGCUGCAUCUUUCAUGAAUCCACCACCGCCAACUGCUUCACCUCAUUCUAACCGGACCACACCACCUGAGGCUGUCCAGAAUGGCCAGUCUCCUAUGGCUGCGCUCAUUUUAGUCGCAGACAAUGCUGGGGGCAACCAUGCCUCCAAAGAUGCCAACCAGGUUCACUCUACCACAAGGAGGAAUAGCAGUAGCCCACCCUCUCCAUCAGUGAACCAAAGAAGGCUGGGCCCUAGCAGAGAGGUGUCAAGUCAAGGAGCAAACGCUGGAGGGAUGGAACCAGUGCACCCUGCCAGCCUCCCAGACUCUUCUCUGGCAGCCAGCGUCCCUCUGUGCUGCACUCUGUGUCAUGAGCGUCUGGAAGACACCCACUUUGUGCAGUGCCCUUCCGUCCCGUCCCACAAGUUUUGCUUCCCUUGUUCCAGACAAAGCAUCAAACAGCAAGGCGCUAGUGGGGAGGUGUAUUGUCCCAGUGGCGAGAAGUGCCCUCUGGUGGGUUCCAAUGUCCCAUGGGCCUUCAUGCAGGGUGAGAUUGCAACCAUUCUUGCAGGUGAUGUGAAAGUGAAAAAAGAGAGAGACUCAUGACUUUCCCAGUAUCUCAGAGCAACAUCCUCCCUAAACUAA